GUGCAAGAAGCCCAACCCCUCUCGGCAGCCUCCUCCCUUCCGUUGACCUCCCUCACUCAUUGUAUAGAGCCGACCCGCCCCCGCGAAACCGAAACAAGCACGAGCAGACCGCUGCAGAAACGGGCAGCAGCCGCUGUUGGGUACACAGCCCCACAUCAAACAACAGGGAAACGCUGCUUCAUUUGAUCCAACCGCAACACUGACUCUUUCCAGGAAAUAAGAGCCUUGCACAAGUGGUCGUCUGUGUCGUUUAUUUUGCAGAAGAGGAACAAGACACUGCCUUACGAUGGCGCUGGACCUGUACGACUCUCAGUACCUGCUGAUCCUGGCCCCCUCCCUGCUCAUCGCCCUCAUGUUCCUGUUCUUCUGGCUCUUCAUGAAGGAGACCUCGUACGAUGAGGUGCUGGCGCGCCAGAAACGCGACCUCAAGCUCCCGCCAGGCAAGCCCGACGCCCGCAAGAAGAACGACAAGAAGAAGAGCAAGAAGAAGGAAGGUGCCGGAGGAGGAGGAGGAGGUGGUGGUGGAGGAGGUGCAGGAGGGGGCGGAGGCGGCGAGUCGGAGGAGGACCUGAAGGAGCUUGACCUGACGGACGCGGCGCUCAGCGGCACCCUCGAGGAGGAGGAGCCGGCCCCGGAGCCCCCGCCCCCUGCGCCGGUGCCCGCCCCCGAGCCACCCGUCACCCUGCGGGAGAGGAAGAGGAAGGAGAAGAAGCAGCAGGCGGCCGCUGCCCGGGCCUUAGCCGCCGCCGCCGUCGCCUCGUCCCCUCCCCCUCCCGAGGAGCCCGUCGCCGCCCGCGAGAUGAACGGCUCCAAGCCUGCCGCCCGCAAGAGCGAACCGCCGCCGCCCGUCUCCAAGCAGCCCAGCCCGCCACCCGCCGAGCCGGUGGGGAAGAAGAAGGGCUCUCAGAAGAAGCAGAAGAUUGAGACGGACGAGCCACAGCAGGAGACCAAAGUGGACCAGGCCCCUGCGCCAGUGAAGAAGGAGGUCGCGGUGACUGUGGAUGCCAAAGUACAGGAUGGCGCUCCCACUCCAGCUCCCACCGCCACCAGCGGCAAGAAGAAGAACUCUGCCAAGAAGCAGAAGACUGAGCAAGCCCCGCCAGAGGAGCCCGUCAUCCAGUCUGUGGGAGCCCCCCUGUUGGACGGCGCCCCCCAGAAGGGGCACUUCGAGGACGCGCCUGUCAAGAUCAGCGGCAAGAAGAUGAAGAACGAAACGGACAAAGAGAACGCGGAGGUGAAGCUGAAGGACUUCCUGGCCGGCCUGCGCAGCCUGGCUCUGUCUGAGGAGGAGGCCGUGAGCGUGGCCGCCGUGCUGCGGGAGAAGAGCCCCUCCGCUCUGGAGGCCUGGCACAGGUCUGCAGCCAAGUCGGACCCCUCGGUCCAGCAGCUCCAGGAGAGGGAGCGACUCCUCGCCACCCUGCGGGAGGAGGCGUCCAUCGCCAAGGAGAAGGUCAAGCAGCUGAGCCAGGAGUUGCAGGUGGAGAAGCAGAAGACCGGGCGGGCGGAGGCGAUGCUGCGGGACCAGCGGGGGGCCAUGGAGAAGGAGCUGAACGUCAUGCAGGCCAAGGCCCAGGGGAACUACCAGGAGGCGCAGGGCAUGCAGAUGAAGUUCCAGCAGAUGAGGGAGCAGCUGGAAGGGCAGAUCGGCCGUCUACAGCAGGAGAACAGCAUCCUGAGAGACGCGGUCAGCACCGCCUCCAACCAGAUGGAGAGCAAGCAAUCGGCGGAGCUGAACAAGCUGCGCUCGGAGUACGCCGGGCUGAUGAAGGAGCUGACGGAGAACAGCGGCAAGCUGCAGCAGGAGGAGCUGCAGAGGAAGGCUCUGGAGGUCAACUACAAGCAGAACGUCUCACAGCUGGAGGGUCAGCUACAAGAUGCCAAGCGUAGGUGGGAGGAGCUGCAGAACUACCUGCACAGUGUCAACACUGAGAGGGAGAAACUACAGGCUGCCAAACAAGAGCUGCAGAGCCAGCUCCUGGGAGUGGAGUCGGAGAUGAGCAGCAAGAACAAGGAGAUCCAGACCCUGCACAGCAGCCUGACCGACACCAUGGUGUCCAAGGAGCAGCUGGAGCGGCAGGUGAUGGAGCUGCUGGAGGUCUCUCAGCACAGCCGGCCUGACGACUCGCAGCAGCUGCAGGACCUUCUGGCGGAGAACAAAGCUCUGAGCGGUCAGGUAGAAAACCUGCAGGCCCAGCUCUCAUCCCAGACUACCACUGCAUCCCACUUUGAGGAGCUGCAGAAACUGCUGGCUGAGAAGGAGCUCCAGAGGAAGAGUCUGGAGGAUUCUCUGAACUUGGAGAGGAGCAACGUGGCAGGUCGGGAGAUUAACAUGCAGGCCAUUCACACAGACAACAUGACACUGAAGGCUGAACUCCAGAAACUGCAGGCUCAGAUUUCUGUACAGGCUGAAUUCAAUCAGGACUCGCAGCUGGCCUUGGACCAGUUUGAGAAGAGCUCACACGAGAAAGACGAGAAGAUAAAGAUGGUGGAGAAGCUGCUGGAGACGGGGCUCAUUGAAAUGGCCAAUAAGGAGGAGGAGCUGCAGGCUCUGAGGAGAGAGAAGGACUCUUUUAAAGACGAGCUGGAGAGUCUGCAGCAGCAGGAACCACCGCAGCGGCCGUCCGAUCUGAUUGUGGAGGAGCUGCAGAGAACGAUCCAGGAAAAAGAUGAGACGAUCAAAUCGAUGGAGGAGAAGCUGCAAGCAGACCAGGAGAUUGUGUCCAGCAAGGAAACCGCCAUUGAGGCUCUGGAGCAGCAGCUAGAGGCCCUGAGAGUAGAGGUGGAGCAGAACCGGGACCGGGAGGCUGAGGAGACCAGCAGCUCCGGCGCUCAGUUCCAGGAGCUCCAGAUGCUGCUGGCUGCCAGGGAGGAGGUGGCGCAGCGCCUCCAGAGAACCCUGGAGGAGCGGGCCGAGGAGGCGGCCGAGACCGAGAAGCAGCUGAAGGCUCUGCAGGAGGAAAGCUCGCUGCUGAGGGACCAACUGCAGCAGCAGCAACUGCGGGAGGCGGAGCUAGUGCGAGAGGCGGAGCAACAGCGAGAGGCGGGGCUACUGAGAGAGGCAGAGCAACAGGCGGCGCUACAGGUGACUGCUGAGACGACCCAAGCCGAGGCCCCCAGCCAGGAGCUGCUGACAGCGCUGGCUGAGAAGGACACGCUGGUGGCAGGGCUCGAGGACGAGCUGGCUGAGCUGAGGGAUUCCCUGGAGCUGCAGAAGAAGAAGAAUAACGAGCUUCGGGAGAAAAACUGGAGCGCAAUGGAGGCUCUGGCAGCCACCGAGUCCAUGCUUCAGGGGAAACUCAGCAAGAAGGCCAAGGAUGGUCAGGAGGCCCUGGUGUCCACGGAGGCAGAGUGUCGAGAGGUCCUGCACAGACUCCUGCCCGCCGUACCCCUGCCUACCAGCCAGAACCACAGCGAGUGGCUGGGGAUGUUUGAAACCGCCGCUAAGGAAGUGGUGACGGAACCAGAGCCGGCCCCUGCCCCUGCCUCUGCUCCAGCCCCGGCCCCAGAGUCGGACAACGCCGAUGUGACCCUGUUGACAGAUAAGCUGAAGGAGUCUGAGGAGGCCCAGAAGGUUCUACAGAAGGAUUGUGAGACGUACAAGAAAGUGCUGGCCGAGACGGAGGGCAUCCUGCAGAGACUUCAGAGCAGUGUGGAGCAUGAAGAGUCCCUGAGGGACAAGUUGGAGGUGGCACAGAGCGAUCUGAAAGAGAUGACCCUGAAGGUUGCACUGCUGGAGAGCGAGGUGGAGAGACUGGGUUCGGAUGGUGGGGAUCUUGAGAGUCUGAGACGGGACAAACAGCACCUGGAAUCUGAAUUGGAGAAGGCAGAACAGGAGAGCGCCACCUAUGUGACGGAGGUUCGAGAGCUGAAAGAUCUGUUGACUGAAUUGCAGAGCAAACUUGACGGCUCAUAUACUGAAGCAGUCAGGCAGAAUGAGGAGCUGAAUUUGCUGAAGACCCAGCUCUCCCAGACCCUGUCCAAGCUGGAGAUGGAGGAGUCGGAGAGGCAGAAGGUGGCGGGUGAUCUGUACAAGGCACAGCAGUCCCUGGACCUGAUCCAGGCUGAGAUCCUGAAGGAGGCGGGUCAGGUGGACCUGAUCGAGAACAGCAACAUCGCUACACAAAGGGAGGAGAUGGACAGGAAGGAGAAGAUGACUGCAGGACUCAACCAGACGGUGAGGGAGCUGCAGCAGCUGCUUCAGGCCGUCAACCGGCAACUCACCAAGGGACAGGAAGGGGAUGGGGACAAGGACACGCCUGAGAUCUAAACCGCAGUGGACCUCCUCGCCCUCUGCCCUCCAGCCUUACUGCAGCUCCCUCCCUCUCCCCCUCCCCCCGCCGUCCCGCCACGCCCGACCACACCUAGUCAUAAACACUGAACCCAACCGGCUCUCCUGUCCGCUCGACCACACCCACCGAGCCCCCUCAGCCAUACGCACCCCCCUUCCUCCCCUCCUCCCGCGAACGCAGGCCUCGGUCCGUCGCCGCUCAGGGCGAGGGGACGGCGGGCGGGGCCGCAGGCGACCUCCGUGUCGGAAAUGACUCGCUCCCCCCCCCCCUCCCCCCCGAACGAAACCCUGCCACCAAAAACACAGCCACAUUCCUGACCCGACACUCCGAACGAGAGCACCCCCUCCUCCAGACUCCAGGCUGCCCCGAUCUCUCGCACCGCGCCACGAUCCGACCCCAAACUUCUGACCGCGACAACCACACGACCACAACACGAAACACGUCUUUCUUCGUUAGGUUCGACAAGGAGGUAGACAAAGAGGCUCCCUUGUUUAAAAAAAAAAAAAAGAAAAAAAAAAAAGAUAUUUGUGAGUUUUUAGUCUUCUUUUUUAAAAGGAAAUUGCGCCAGAACAAAUAACAUUUCUGAAUAUCUACUGACCCACACUACAUCUUGCGUCCAGGAGCCCUGGUCUUAACAUCACUCACACUCGCACACGCACGCACACCCAGCACUGGGCUCACAGUGUAACAUGGUUUAGUUCUGGGGUCCUGGCCUGGGGGGGUGGGGUUAGCGGUAGGUACUGUGGAGGUUUGUGGAGCAGGUCUGUAAGGAAACCACAGCACUGAGGGAAGGCCGCGCCCCACAGUGUUUCAGAAGCAGGCCAGGGACACAAUAGCGGUUUAUCCUACUUAACUACCAGGAAGAGAGGCCUCUUGUCUGUAGUCAACACACCCUAUAUUGUUGCUAAUUUCAUUAAUACUGAUUUUUUUUUUUUUUUUUUGUAAAAGGUGACAGUUAUAAAGAUUAAAAGGGAUGCUUGAUAAAUA